GGCGCCCCCGACGGCAUCGGCCUGGCCAUCGCCGUCGAACUAUCUCGCCGUAAAAUUCAUCUCGUAAUCGUCGGGAGGAACCCAGCCAAGCUCAAAAAAGCCUCGGACAUCAUAGUCGCGCAGGGCCAUGGCACCCAAGUGAGGACCGUGGUUUGGGACCUGGCCGUCGGAGGCGACUGCAGUGGGGCCGAGAGGCUGAGGCAGGCAAUCGCGGGGUUGGAGGUGGGAGUGCUGUUUAACUCCGCCGGAGCAACGUAUCCCGGUGCGGCGUAUUUCCAUGAGGUGAAGGAGAGGGUGUGGAGGGAAGUGGUGAGAGUGAACGUGGAGGGGAUGAGCCACGUCACCAGAGUGGUUCUGCCGGGGAUGGUCAGCAGACGGCGCGGCGCGGUGGUGAAUGUCGGGUCGGCUUCGUCGGUAGCGGUGCCGUCGUUUCCGUUCUACGCCGUCUACGCCGCAACUAAAGCGUGA